AUGUCGUUGCCGCAAAAGAGCCGCCGCCGCCGCAGGAGGUCUCCUCGCGAAGGACCCUCCCUCCGGCGCCGUGGUGAAGAAGGCGCAUCGUUGUCUCGAUCCCUUGUCCAAUCGGAUAGCAGCAGCACGACAUCCAGCGCACCGCCGUCCGGAUCCUUGGACGAGCCGCUGGCCCGCCAGUCCAGGUACCAUGAGAUCCUCGCCUCGCGCCUCGCCCGGUUGCAGUUACAAGCCGGCGUCGCCGUCGACAGACCAAAUCUUCCUUCGGAUGAAAUCGUCCAAAUCCUCGCUCGUUCUAAUUUCUAUGACGAUGAGCUGCGGGCUGCCCUAGUAGAAUAUCAAGCCCACAGGUUCUUGAGCGAACCCCACGGACCAGAUGUUCGAGAUACAUACUUUGGAGAGGACUCGGGCGAUGAUAUCACUGCGGAGGAAUUCGUCAGAUACUCCGGACAGCUAAAGACUCGCAGACCUGCUGAAAUUGACACUAAGACUGGACUGGAUCAAGAGCAGUUGGACAGCCUCCUUGCCAAGUAUAAACGUUAUCGCUUCAAAGCUUACCUGUUGUUGUUAGGAAAGCCUGUCGACGAGCUAGAAGAAGCUGCAUUGGAAUGCAAGUACCCUAUGGAGCUUUGCUUGGAGAAUGAGUUCUUCUCUCCUUACCUUCAUGAUAGUGCCUUUGGCUGGUAUUUCGACCACGACCUCUGUUUACUUGCAAACUUGAGCGACUACCAGCGGCUAGUCCUUCCUAACUCUCUUGGCUUUGUGUGUGGUAACCUCUUUGUUCCAGGGGCCUGA